CACCUCGGCGCUUCCCCACACAAACAUCUCUCCCACGAUCCAUCCAGUCCACCACCGCAGGGUUUGAGAAGCCAAGCCAAGCACAGCCACCGUCUGCUGCUUUCUUGCUUUGCUUUGCUUGCUUCUCUUUCUCUGCGACCAGAUCCUCCCACCGUCUCGUCCCAAUGGCCGCCGUCUCCGCCAAGCUGUCCGUCGCUCUCCUGGCCGCGGUGGUGCUCGUGGCGCUCGUUGCGUCGGCGGCGGGCAGGAUCGUGGAGCGGGAGGAUGAGUUCUUCCUCGGCAGCCUCGCCCCCUCGCUCGCCCCCGCGCCUGCACCGGCGGCGGUGCACGGCGCGGCAGGCGCCGUCGCGCCCGGGGCGUGGGCCGUGGCCGCCGUCGUCUCGCUCCUCGCCUUCCUCGCUCACUGAUGCGUCGUUGCGCUGAGGACAGUGACGGGUGCCUGGCUUCUUGGGAGAUGGGGUCCUGCAAUCUGAAUUGCGGCGAGUCGCGUCUGUUUGUUUCGUUCAGUUUAGUUGGUUGGUUAGACUAGUAGUAGUGGUGAUCUCUGCAGUCAUGGUUAUCUCUCUCUUUUGCCUGUAUAAGAGAGAAAGUAUGUUUUAAAUAAUAUUAUUUAUUGAUUAUUCUUUA